GAGUUGUCCAAAUUGAUUGUUUAAUUGAAUAUAUAAUUUACGUUUUUAUCCACGGAAGUCCCGCGUCGGGACUUCCGGUUUUUAUUUAGAAGAUUGUUUUCGUUUUAUUACAUAUUCUGUGUUCUAGUACUCCCUGUGGAACUGCGGAUUUCUUAAAAAAUCAUAUUAUGUUUCUUAAAAGAACUUUUCUUCUGUGGAACUAAGUGAAUUCUCUUCUUUUUUUUCAUCACAAAUCUUCUGUUUUAAUGCCUGUGCAGAUUUUAUGCUUUCCUGGACUGCAUGAAGUACGGUUGGCUACAACAAAAGGGAACAAUGGAAACUAAGCCGACAGUUAGGCAUAAAGCAAAAAACAAAAAAUCGACGUUGCUCAAGCCGAAAACUCCUAAGAAACGUAAAACUAGUGAUGGUCCAACGUGCUCAAUGUUUCUGGCAGACCUCACGCGGAAAUUUUCGUCUCGAAAAAAGCAGGAGGAAGAGGAAUCGGACACUAAUAGUUCGAAUGACGUAGUCCAAAUGAUAAUUGCAAGUCUCACCAAUAUGUUAUUCACAUUUUCCAAAAAGUCGCCGGAGCAGAAAGAAUCUCCCAUGAAAAUGGAAACACUUCACUCCUUGGCACCCGAGCUGAUUUCAAGCGAUGCAGUGGAAAUAAAAUUAAAAUCAAAUAAUGCCACAUUAUCAGCAUUUGAAGAAAAUCGCAAAAUGAUGACUAAACUACAAAGGAUGCCGGUACCAAUGGACGCAUUCGAACCGCUGCCAAGUCCAAUACAUCCAAAAAUCUUUGUGGAAACAGAAGACGCAGCCGUGAAUACUGGAGGCGAUUUCGACGUAGCUGAAGAAAUUUUCAAACAUGUUGGAACGCUAAAAAAAAUAUCUUUGAUAGCUGAAGAGUUCAAUCAAAAGACAGCCAAAAAUCUAAAAGAAAUAGUGGACAGCGUACAGGAAGACUUGAUAAAGAAACUAGAGCAAAUUCAAGCUGAACAAAAGGCCAUAGAAGCCGAAAAUUUUGCCAACGCCAUGAUAGCAGAAGAAAAUCUCGUUCCUACACAAGAUCGCGAUAUUACAUGAAUUUAAAGAAACUUUUUUCGGUAAAGGAAAAAUUCUGGCAUUAUAAUGACAGAAUAAAAUGACAUUUCUUGUAGCGCCUUACAUUAGCUUCAAAUUAAUAGUCAUAAUGUAAAUUUUUCUGUUUGAGCACAAAAUUACAACGUAAAAUACAUAGCAUAUC